GAGCAGCAACCUUUACUGUGAUGUCAAGGAGAGUAGGAGUAGGGGUGGUCUGAACCGAGACUGCUUUAAGCCUUUCUCCAUUCAUCACUCAUUAUUCAUCGAAUGAACUCUGACCAAGCAAGUCACCUGCUAUCCUUCAUGAUGACCCAAUGGUCAACUCUCCAUUGACACUCCACUGAUCAUCCAGGGGCCUCAUCACUCUGUGCACUCCUCUCCACACCUCUCCACACCUCACGGCAUCAUGGGGGACGUAGUCCAGAUGCACUUCAGCACAGUGGAUUACGUGAUUUUCGUCGUGCUGCUAGUGGCCUCCGCCGGAAUCGGCCUUUACUAUGCCUUCUCAGGGGGUCGUCAGAGGACCACACAGGAGUUCCUGCUGGCCGACCGCAGCAUGCGCUGUCUUCCGGUGUCCCUUUCACUGCUGGCCACCUUUCAAUCAGCGGUGGCCAUCCUGGGUGCCCCAUCUGAGAUUUACACACACGGCACGCAGUAUUGGUUCCUGGGCUGCUCCUACUUCCUGGGCCUGCUCAUCCCUGCACACGUUUUCAUACCAGUUUUCUAUCGGCUCCGCCUUAGCAGCGCGUAUCAGUAUCUGGAACUUCGUUUUAGUAAAAGUGUUCGGAUAUGUGGCACUGUGACCUUCAUCUUUCAGAUGGUGAUCUAUAUGGGAGUUGUUCUGUAUGCUCCAGCACUUGCACUUAAUGCAGUAACAGGUUUUGACCUUUGGGGGGCAGUGCUGGCCAUGGGAUUGGUGUGCACACUUUACACAGCUUUGGGUGGUCUGAAAGCAGUGAUCUGGACAGAUGUGUUUCAGACAAUUGUUAUGUUUGCGGGGCAGCUGGCAGUGAUUGUAGUUGGUACCCAUCAGGCAGGUGGCAUCGCUGAAGUUUGGAGGAAAGCACAAAACGGCAGCCGUAUCUCAGGCCUUGACCUGAACCCUGACCCUUUAGAGAGGCACACGUUCUGGACUCUGGGAGUGGGGGGAAUUUUCCUCAUGCUGGCCCUGUAUGGAGUGAAUCAGGCUCAGGUCCAGAGAUACCUCAGCUCCCGCACAGAGAAAGAGGCCAUCAUGUCCUGUUAUGCGGUGUUCCCAUGCCAGCAGAUCGUGCUCACGUUGGGCUGUUUAAUGGGUUUGGUUAUGUAUGCUCGAUAUGGGGAGGACAGCCCUCUGGAUAAGGGCUAUGUCAAAAGCAAUGACCAGAUGGUGCUGUACUUUGUAAUGGAUGUGUUGAGAGAUCUUCCUGGUUUACCAGGACUGUUUGUCGCCUGUCUGUUUAGCGGAGCUCUCAGCACAAUCUCAUCUGCCUUCAACUCCCUGGCAACGGUUACCAUGGAGGAUCUGAUCAAACCUCACGUACGACCCAUGACGGAGGCCCGUGCCACCCUGUUAUCAAAAAUGUUGGCUCUUGCCUAUGGUCUUGUGUGUCUGGCUAUGGCAUACAUCGCCUCUUUAAUGGGCUCUGUGCUGCAGGCAGCACUCAGUAUAUUUGGGAUGAUGGGUGGACCUCUUCUUGGCCUUUUCUGUCUCGGGAUGUUUUUCCCUUGGGCCAAUUCCACUGGUGCUCUGGUUGGGCUGGUAUCAGGGCUGGUCAUGGCUUUCUGGAUCGGUAUUGGCAGCUUUGUUUCACGAAUGUCUGCAUCUGUACCACCUGUGAUAAAUGCCACUGUCAUACCUGAUGUGGGAAACAUGACAACAGCUGUGAUGACGACACUCAUCACACCUAAACCAAGGCCUUCUGGAGUUCAGGCUUUGUACUCUCUAUCAUACAUGUGGUACAGUGCUCAUAAUUCUGCCACAGUUGUUGUGGUGGGACUACUGGUCAGCUUUCUCACGGGGCCCUGGAAAGAGAAAGAGUUAAACCCAGGUACGAUUUACCCUGUGCUUGGCAAUUUGCUGUUCUUUCUGCCCCAACGCUACAGGGAGAAACUCUGCUGUGUUACUCCACUGGAAGACAAUUCCAAAGGCCUGGAACGUCAGCCUUACCAGAUGGCCCAGAAAGAGAGCAAUGGCGUUGCCUAUACUAAAGAGGAAGAAAAGCUCAGGGAAGAGGAAGGAGAAAAGAUAACCGCCCAGCCUACUUUUAACCUGGCCCAUACAGUGCAGGAAACAGCCUUGUGAAAUCUCCCACACAGCGAUAGUCCUAAAGGGUCUUAGUUUCCCACAGGCUCUGGGAAGAACAAAAUCUCACUGUUUUCUCCUCUUGAAUUUGGUAAUAACCUUAAAGCCCCGUUCACACCAAGAGCGAUAACUAUAAAGAUAACGAUAUUA